AACAAACGCGCGUCUGUUCUCGGCAGUUUUUUGUCCUUCUUAAUUAUGAUCUUGUAGCUUCUGUAAACUAUUAUCCGGCUGUCAGAAAUGUUUUGCAGAUUCAAUAACUAACAGGUACCUCGUUAUGUCAAACUAUCCGGGAUGCAUUUAGUGACAACGGUGCUUGCAGUUUUGCGGAUGUUCUCAGGCGUGUCACUUGCAGGAUAAAUGGCGUCUCGUGCAACAGAGUGUUGUUCUAACAUCGUUUUGUCCGCCACAGCACUGUACUCUUCCUAUAAACUCUUCAAGGACCACAGGGGCCCCUCAGUUGGACUCUUUCUGCUCGGCAUCUCUGCAGCAUGUUGUACCCUCCAUCCCUCCAGUGCAUCCCUGACCUCCCUCUUCAGCGAAGCAGAAUGGGCCGGGGAGGUUCUGGCUCCAGUCCUGGUCUCCUUUGACUUCCUGUGGCUCAGUCAAGAUCACAACACAGCACGUGUUCUCCUGUGUGGCUCCUGCCUGCUGGUCGGACUCUCAGACCGGCUUUCAGCAGAUACUCUGACAGUCAUGACUCGCUGCCUGGGCUUGUCAUCCGUGUCCUGCUGCCUGACGGUGUGUCUCUUCGCGGGUAACGCUUUAGGGGCCAUGGGUGGCGUGGCCCUUAGCCUGCCCCUAGUUCUGGGACAGACACUUGGAUCUAACACUUUUGCUCCACUUGUUUCUCAAGCUGCUACAGAAGGACUUGUGAGGUCGCUUUUAAAAGGGUCAUUGUCCAUUGGCUGUUGGGCCUCAACCCAAGCUCUCAGCAAGUUUCUGCUGGAUGUGACUGAGUGAUGCAACAUGUACCUAAGUGAUGGCACAACUCUCCAACUGAUGCUUCAUAUGCCUCUAUUUGCAAACUGUGAUCCAUUAAUGAAUGCACUGUAUGAACAUACCAUAAGAGAUCUAAAGAAAAGAAAUAUAGUUACCCUUUUUUACUUAAAUGAAAUUAUUUUAACUGCUUUUAUCAGAUAAACAAACUGUCCUUUUAUCUAUUUUAAUCAAAAGACAACCUCUAAUGGAGUGCUAUAUUAACAGUUUCCCUUUAACCCAAUAAACGCUUUUUAACCUUAACAGACCUUACAUAAAAUAUACAAAAUACAUCUUGUUGCAUUAAUAAAACAGCGCAUUAACUUAGCUCCAUUUUACUUAAAUACAUUAUACACAUGUUAUUCCUUGACAUAACUGUCAACAGCAACUAAACUUGAGCCAAACAUAACAUUAAAACUAACAAAAACAAACCUUGUGCCUCUUCUUGACCAAGUGCUAAUGCGUUUCAUGUUAUUUAGGCACGCUUUUAGUGUUGAUGACACACUUCUAAACAUUUUUCUAACUGCUGUAAAAUCCUAAGCACUAAGUUUGUUGAGGUCUCGGCAAGACGCUUUCAAAAUAAAAGCACUGAAUAUAACAUCUAAUGACCUUGUCACGGUUUUGUCACUUCCUGUUUUAUUUUGAAGCCCAUAGCUGCGUCCGAAAUCGCAUACUUCCACCCUAAUGAGUAUGCAAAAACAGUAUGUGAGAUUUUUUAGUGCGUCCGAAACAUUAGUAUGUACACAAUAGUAUGCUCUAUCCAUACUCAUUCCAGAGAAAUGUAUUAGUGUGGAUUGAUGGACACUAGCUAAGCAGAAACUUCCCACAAUGCAAUGCAGCGGUGUUUGGUUGCUAAUGCCGCUUUUGCACUGGUACCACCUCAGCUCGGUUCUACCCGUUUUGCGCUUUCGCACUAGGGCUGAGACGGGUAGAGGCGCUCCAAGUCGAUACUUUUUUCUGUAACCAUUUCAGUGAGGUUCUUUGCGGGCUGAGCAGGGACUAUUUCUGACGUCAUCACCCUCCGCGCCUCUGAUUGGUCGGGGGGCGGGGCCGUCAAACAUUUGAAUCAGGAAGCGGGAGUCAGAGCGAGGGGACUCGCGGCGAUUUUAUUAUAAAGCGCAAAACGUCUGUUUGGUGAUCCAACUGUGAGGUGCAGAUGUUCAUAAACCUGGUGGCUGUCGAGAAAAAAUUUAAAAAGCGAUGUAGACGGGCUGUUUUACUCUCAGCCGCUCCCGGCUCCAGCUGAUUUCUCAUCUGCGCCGACAUGAACAAAGGUGUUGCGCAAUCGAGUACGUCACAGCAGCUUCACCACAACCUGCCCACUUCUUCCCUGGCAGUGCGAAAACACACGUGUGGAGCCGUGUAAAGCCGCGCCGAGCCGUGCCAGGCUGAGCCGAUACUAGUGGAAAAGUGCCAUAAGUAGAAUAGAAUAGAAUACUUUAUUGUCAAUAUACCUGGGUACAGUGAGAUUGAAAGCAGCAUCACCUCUCCACUGCAAGACAGUGCAAACAAUAAGAAAUAUAAGAAAUAUAAAAAUAUAAAAAAAGGUUAAGUUGCAUUUGAAUAGUAAGUGCUGCGUAAGUAUAAUAAUAUUAUUAUAUAAUAUUAAUAUUAUAAUGUUUGUACAUAAUAUUAUAUGUCAUCUUGUUUCGGCCAGGAUAAACGGGAAAGAGCGGAGUUGUUACCAUGGUAACAACUCCCCCUCCCAACGGGAGUGACGUGAGCGCUCUCAGUAGUACGUACGAAUCAAUGCAUACUACUGAUAUUUACUCAAAAGUGUGCCAAACUUAAGUAUACUUUUUGAGUAUAUACUGUUUAGUAUGGCAUUUCGGACGCACUGCUAGUCUUGUCUGCCCCUGCUCCCUGCUGGUCCGUACUGUUUUCAUCCCUCUGUGUUUCCACGUUCAGGUUUUUGGUUCUUGUUUGGGCACUGGUUUUUUUGUAUCCUGCUCAGCAGCGCUUUUUGUUUUCAUAAAAU